UCAAGAGCCGCUGCUGGCCGGGCCCGGGCCAGUCGGGGGGCGUCGCAAUGCUGCUGCGUCUGCUGCUGGCCUGGGCAGCCUCGGUGCCCGCGCUGGGCCAGGCCCCCUGGGCCGCCGAGCCCCGGGCCACCUGCGGCCUCGGCCGCUGCUACGCUCUCUUCCCACGGCGCCGCACCUUCUUGGACGCCUGGCGGGCCUGUCGGGAGCUGGGGGGCGACCUGGCCACCCCUCGGACCCCGGAGGAGGCCCGGCAAGUGGACAGCCUGGUGGAAGGCAACCCAGCCGGUGGGCUGCUGUGGAUUGGGCUGCAACGCCAGCCCCGCCAGUGCCAGCCCCAGCGCCCGCUGCGCGGCUUCACCUGGACCACGGGGGACCAGGACACCGCCUUCACCAACUGGGCCCAGCCGGCUACCGGUGCCCCCUGCCCAGCCCAGCGCUGUGCCGCCUUAGAGGCCGUCGGCACACACCGCUGGGUGGAGGGCUCCUGCACACUGGCCGUGGAUGGCUACCUGUGCCAGUUUGGCUUUGAGGGCUCCUGCCCGGCGCUGCCCGAGGAGGAAGGCCAAGCCGGCCCUGCUGUCUACACCACGCCUUUCCACCUGGUCUCCACCCGCCUGGAGUGGCUGCCCUUUGGCUCAGUGGCAGCCGUGCCCUGCAGCGUGGGCAGCGAGGCCUCUCUGCUCUGCAUGAAGCAGCCCGACGGCAGUGUAGUCUGGUCUCGGGCUGGACCGCUGUGUCCACCCACCAGCUGUGACCACAACAACGGGGGCUGUGAGCACGAGUGUGUGGAGGAGCCGGGCGGCCUCCUGUCCUGCCGCUGUGCUGAGGGCUUCCGGCUGGCGGCGGACGGGCGCAGCUGCCAGGACCCCUGUGCCCAGGCCCCAUGUGAGCAGCAGUGUGAGCCCGGUGGGCCCCUGGGCUACCGUUGCCACUGCCGCCUAGGCUUCCGGCCAGCUGAGGAUGACCCGCACCACUGCGUGGAUACAGACGAGUGUCGCAUCCCUGGUGUGUGCCAGCAGAUGUGUGUCAACUACAUUGGCGGCUUUGAAUGCUACUGCAGCGAGGGCCAUGAGCUGGAGGCGGACGGUAUCAGCUGCAGCCCUGCAGGGGCCACAGGCUCCCGGGCUUCUCAGGGCCUGGAGGAGGAGGAGAAUGAGGAGGACGAGGAACAGGAGGAGAAGGAGGAGGAGGAGGAGGAGGAAGAGGAGGAGUCCUGGGAGAACUAUGCCCCCAGCUGGACAGAGGGGCCUGGGAUCCCGUGGAUGGAUGGCUCACAGACGUCGGACUUUGGCCUGGCCUCCAGACCUGGUUUCUCUGAGGACAGAGAGCUGCUGAUGUCCCACCUGGACCCCACAGGACCAUCCCCACUCAGUCCCCCCAGGGGACCCUACCACUCCGAAGUACUUUCUGUCACCAGGCCUGCUGUGGCUCUGGCCACACAUCCACCCUUGCUCCCUUCCCACUGGACCCCCAGAGUCCCUGCCCGUCACCCAGCCUUGCCUUCUGCCCACCAUCCCAUUGUCAUCUCAGCCACAGGGCCCCCCCUGGCUCCUGUCCACCGGACCCCCAGAGUCCCUGCCCGUCACCCAGCCUUGCAUUCUGCCCACCAGCCCAUUGUCAUCUCAGCCACAGGCCCCCCCCUGGCUCCUGCCCACCAGACUUCCAAGCUCCCCACCAUGGUGGUGCCCCCUAUCCACCAGGCCCCUAGCUCUCUGGAUCUGUCCUCCUCCCACCAGAGCCCCCUAAUCUCAACCAAAUCUCCUAGCCGGCCCCCUGCCCACCAUUCCCCCAUGUCCUCAGACACCCACAUGGCUAGAACCCAGUUCACCCCCAAUUUGCCUCCAAUCCCAGCUAACCACACCCCUCUAGUCACCACUGCCAAUGCCCACCAGCCCCCCACGGAGCCAGAGGACCCAGUCAUCCAAGCCUGGGCCCCCCACAUUCCCCUGUCCUCAACUGCCCAGCCUCCACUGACCACGACCUCCACAUUCCCAGCACCCUCUGGACAUGAGGUCUCCGUGCCUGCUGCCACCCAGUCUCCAGCAUCCCCCAACCCCUUGUCCUCUCAAAGCCCCACUAACCAGACCUCACCCAUCAGGACCACUCACUCCCAUCCCCGAGCCGCAGAUCCCACGCUAGCCCCUAGGCAGCUGACCCCAGAAGCCCCCACAGUGGUCCCCACAGCAGCCCCCACGGCCCUGGGCGAGGCCAGCCUGGCUGGCCGCAGCCGGAGAGAUGACCGGUGGCUACUGGUGGCACUCCUUGUGCCAACGUGCAUCUUCUUGGUGGUUCUGCUGGCGCUGGGCAUCGUGUACUGCACCCGCUGCGGCCCCCAUGCCCCGAACAAGCGCGUCACUGACUGCUACCGCUGGGUCACGCAGGCGGGCAGCAAGGGCCCCACGGACCCCACACCCCACAGGGGCAGCCUCACAGGGGUGCAGACCUGCAGAACCAGCGUGUGAUGACGUGCAGCCUCCUUCAGCAGUGUGGAGGAGAGGGGUGUGCAUUGGACACAAGCCAGGCUGCACCAGGGACCCAUGGGGGCUGCCCAGCUGGACAGAGGGUGUCCUGUUCCCCCAGGGCCAGCCAGGCUCCUCUGCUGGUCAGCCACCAGAUAUGACUUGUGGGAACUCUGCUGUCUGGCCCAGCAUCCACAACAGAGGAGAGGCCCCCAAGAUCUCAGGGGGUGGGUGCUAGGGUCUUCUCCAAUAAAGAGGUGUCAACCUCACCCAAAGCUC